AUGGGAGAGGCCGGGAACGGGGGCCAGCCUACCUGCGACCCCGCACGCGCCUCUCGGAAAGAAACAACCACCAAGAACAAUACUAUGGCCAACGAACGACGCAACUCAUACCGGGACGGGGGCUCAGCUGAGGGGAACGACGUCCUGGUGGGCAGGAGUGGAAUCAAGAUCGAUGAAAAUGAUGAGCCCGCUGCCCGGGCCUCCUGGAACGCGCUGCACAGCUUUCUUCAACCAGUUUGGCCAGUCCCUGAACACUAUGCGCCUCUGUCAUCCCCUCCCCAGCAUGUCGUUCAGGCUUUUGCUCAUGUGAUAGAGAUGAACGCUCAGGAGGAGCUGUUUGAUUGGUACAAAGGUCAGAUCUGUCGCUGCUUCAAGAAUGUCAAGAAUGAGACAGUAGGAAUUGCUGCUGCACACGAGAAACAUUCCCCAGCUCAUCAGCUCGUUUUUCAGCUUGUCGAAAGAUGGCACGUCAUCUUUUUGACUUGGUACGACCCGCUGCGCGUUUUGACACCCGAAGAUGCAUCAGCUUCUAGCCUCUACUCGAAAUAUUUCUAUACUCUUUUGCUUUCAUGCAUUCCGGAUUCCUUUCCUGCCGCGAUCAAGAAGCUCUUUGCAUUGGACUUCACUACCUCUUCGUCUUUGCUUUUCAGACCCACAUCGACCUAUCCUUUUUCUUCGCUGCUUGGUCAGCUGACUAAAUUAGGCCUGCUCAAGCGAUUUCAACCUAUUCUCUUCUCGGUCGGAUAUGAUGCCAUCGACGAACGAAUCGAAACGGUCUGUCGUGGCGAAUGGCUCGAAUCAUCGAGUGCCUCUCUGGAAGGAAUGAUCGGAUGGUUUCGUCAAGAAAUUGGAGUCUGGUUACUUAAAGUUCUGGAAGCUGCAGAUCAGUGUAUGACCCCGUCAUCCGACCAACCUGACAUGGGCCGUGUGAUAGAAAUCGUGCGUCCCGCCAUGUCACGAUUUGAAUAUCAUAUUUAUAAAAGCUUGUCAGAGCUCAGGAUCAAUGAAUUGUUUGAUAUCAUUGUCGACUUUCCAGAAACAAUGCCCGUACUACAGGACCUAAAGAUCUGCUUAAAUAAAACGGAUCAGCGCGCUUACUUGGUACACAAACUACGUGCAGCAAAUACUCGAAGGCUUUUACAUCCAGGAGCUGAUACCCAGGAUAUAAUUACUCAGUAUAUCUCGCUCAUGAAAGCACUGCGUGUGUUGGAUCCUCCUGGGGUUUUAUUAAGUUGUGUUGCCCAGCCGGUUCGAGUUUAUUUGAGGAAUCGUGAAGAUACGAUUCGCUGCAUCGUGACCUCUCUCGUGGAGCCUGGUCAUUCACUGGGAGAUGAAUUAGAUCAAAUCCCAGAUAACGAUAACGCCGCUCAAGGAUUGAGUUCAGGCCUACCAAUUCAAGAAGAGAAUGACUACCAGCUCACAGACUGGAUGCCUGACCCCGUUGACGCCCCCAUUGGCUACAAGAGCCUACUGAAAGAUGAUGUGAUUGAAAGCCUUGUUAGCAUUUAUGAAAAUCGGGAUGGAUUUGUCAAGGAGCUACAAACCCUUUUGGCCAGUCGGCUGCUAGCUGUGAAAGGGUUUGAUGUGACCCAAGAGCUCACUCGGAUCGAAAUACUGAAAGGAAAGUUUGGGGAGGCAAAUUUGCAACCUUGUGAUAUCAUGCUGAAAGAUCUUUCAGAUUCAAAGCGAAUUGAUACAGCAGUCCAUGAAAUCAUUCCAAAGGCACCAAUCCAUCCGAUCAUCAUCUCCCGAUUAUUUUGGCCCAAUCUGGCAUCCUCCGCAUUUAGGUUCUCUCCUCGGCUGGUGGAGUUAUUGAAAGCGUUCGAACAGACAUACACGUCUCAAAAAGUAGAUCGACGACUCAGAUGGUUACCUCAAUUGGGUAGUGUUGAAAUAGAUGUUGAACUUGAAGACAGAACCCUCAGUUUGGAGGUGACGACACUUCAGGCUUCAGUAAUUGAACUAUUUGGAACAUCUGAUACAUGGACGUUUGCUCAACUCAGAAGCACACUGAGAAUUCAGACCGAUCUCGUCUCGCUCCGAAACGCAUUAUACUUUUGGUCUAAUCAAGAGGUCUUGAAGGAAGUUGAAUCUGGAAUCUGGAAGCUCUUUGAGACUCGUGAGAGCUAUAAAUCAUCUUCCAUUAGGCCGGCUCGAGCUUUGACUUGA